GGCCAUGAAACAGGUCGCUGGUUCCAUGAAACUGGAAUUGGCCCAAUAUCGUGAAGUCGCCGCCUUCGCCCAGUUCGGUUCAGAUUUGGACGCUGCCACCCAACAAUUGUUGAACCGUGGUGUUCGUCUCACUGAAUUGUUGAAACAAGGACAAUACGUUCCAAUGGCCAUUGAAGAACAGGUCGCUGUCAUCUACUGUGGUGUACGUGGAUACUUGGACAAAAUAAGAGGAGACCAAUGA